AAAGGAGUGUCCUGGAAAUGAACUGGAUUUGUGCUCCCGGCUGGCACAAGGCAAACAGCAGUUCAGAGACCUCAGAGAGAAAUUCCUUGUAUCUGAAGCCACAGCCUAUACCUUGGCCAACCAGCUGCAGAAAUACAAGUGUGCAGAGUACCAGGCCCUCAUUGACUCCGUGUUGAAGGAGGAGAUGCAGUUUGAGGAGGAGGGACCAGCAGCAAGGACUGGGAAAUACAUUUCCCUAAUUCAGGCUCAGGCCCAAGAACUGACACAUUUGCGUCAAAAGAUACAGGAAGGCAUUGGUGGCUGUUACCUUUUCACAUAGCAUGUGAAAAACACAAUCAAGUCUUUUGAGGCCCUUGCUAGGAAUACUAACAUUGCCAGCUACCAGAGACAAAGAUUACAGGAUCCAAGGAAACUGGCAGAGUGCCUCACCAGCAAACUAACCACUG